UCGCGGCGGCUUGGAAAGGCGGAUGCGGUCCGCGUGAUCGCUGGGCGCCCGUGAGCGCCUUCCGCGGGGCUGUGCCUCCCGCGGGGGAGCUGCCUGGAGCGCCUGUUUUCAGAGCGGAAAAAGCGGAGAAGCAGGAAGCCCCGAAUUGCGUCUAUGUGUGAAACUUCACACAGUAUGAUCCACACAGGUUUACAACACCAAAUAAUUUGGCCCUGUCAACCCAGCUGUCUCCCCCUGGAUGAGAAACUCCUCCCAGAGCUACUUAAAGAGGCGGGAUAUGUUACCCACAUGGUGGGGAAGUGGCAUUUAGGGAUGUACAGAAAAGAAUGCCUUCCAACCCACAGAGGAUUUGAUACUUAUUUUGGCUAUCUUCUGGGGAGUGAGGAUUACUACUCUCAUGACCACUGUGUGCUCAUCAAAGCAAAGAAUGUAACACGCUGUGCUCUGGACUUUCGAGAUGGAGAAGAAGUUGCAACUGGAUUUAAAAACAUGUACUCCACUAAUCUAUUCACAGAGAGAGCUAUAGAUCUGAUAGCUAAUCAUAAAACUGAGAAGCCCCUCUUUCUGUACCUCGCUUUUCAGUCUGUCCAUGAACCACUUGAGGUCCCUGAGGAAUACGUGAAACCAUAUUCCUCCAUUAAAGAUGAAAAGAGGCGCCGUUAUUCAGGAAUGGUGACUCUUAUGGAUGAAGCUGUAGGAAACCUUACUGAUGCUCUGAAAAGAUACGGUCUUUGGGAUAACACAGUUCUUGUUUUCUCUACUGAUAAUGGAGGACAGACUUUGUCAGGUGGAAAUAACUGGCCACUGAGAGGAAGAAAGUGGACCCUUUGGGAAGGAGGAGUGAGGGGAGUAGGCUUUGUGGCAAGUCCUUUACUGAAACAGACAGGUGUAGAAAGUCAUGAACUUAUCCAUAUCUCUGACUGGCUGCCAACGCUGGUGCACCUUGCUGGAGGACAUACCAAUGGCACUAAGCCUCUGGAUGGCUUUGAUGUUUGGAAGACUAUCAGUGAAGGAAGACCAUCUCCCAGAGUCGAACUGCUUCAUAACAUAGACCCCAUGUUUGUGGAUGAUUUCCCAUGUCUUGGCAUUGACAACAGGACAUCUUUAUCACAGAACAGUUCUUUUACAUGGGAUGAUGCACUUUUCAAUAUCUCCAUGCAUGCAGCAAUUCGACAUGGAAAAUGGAAGUUACUGACUGGAUAUCCAGGCUGCAGUCACUGGUUCCCUCCGCCAACUCUGUUCAAUGAGUCAGUGAUUCAGUCGUCUGAUCCACCAGCAAAGAAACUUUGGCUUUUUGAUGUUGUUAAUGAUCCUGAGGAGAAAAACGAGUUGUCCGAAAGAUAUCCUAAUGUGGUGAAAAAACUGCUAUCACGACUUCAGUAUCAUUAUAAACAUUCAGUGCCUGUGUUCUACCCUGAUGAGGAUCCGCACUGUGAUCCAGCAGCAACUGGGGCCUGGGGUCCUUGGGCAUAGUGCACAGCAUUGCACCCUGUAAAACUCACCAGUAGUGGAGUCUGAUUUGUAGUCUUGGGGUUUUAAUCAUGUAUUUCUUACUUUGUUUUUUUUUUUUU